CGGACUUGGUGGCCCGCAGCCCCGCUUGCCCCGCACAGCAUGGGAAGGCGCUGCUGGCGGCGGCGCGCCCUGGCGGCUGCGUGUCUGGGCGCCGCGCUCUUACUUCUGGGCGCCGCACCCCGCGCCCUGCGCCCGGCCUUUGAAAACACCCUGGGCUCUGGCUGGCUCUCGGGUAAGAGGCGGAGUCCCCUGCAGAUGCUGUAUGAUUUGGACCAGGACGCGCUGGCCCGCGGCCACGACGUGCGCUUCGCCGAGUUCCUGGCCUACCUGCUGGACCCGCGCACGCGCCGUGAGGAGCCCUUCAACGAGCACUGGGAGCGCGCGCACGCGCUCUGCCACCCGUGCCGCCUGCGCUACGACGUGGUGGGCAAGUUCGAGACGCUGGCCGAGGACGCGGCCUUCGUGCUGGACCUGGUGGGCGCGCCGGGCCUGCGCUUUCCCGCGCCGCCGCCGCGGGCCAAGGCGGCCGACGCGCGGGACCUGGCCGAGCGCCUCUUCCGGGACAUCAGCCCCUUCUACCAGCGGCGCCUCUUUGACCUCUACAGGAUGGAUUUCCUGCUCUUCAACUACUCCGCCCCCGCCUACCUGCGGCUGCACUGAGUCCUGGCGGAGCCUGUCUGGUACAGGCCCGGAGGUGGCGGGUGGGGCCAGACGUGCGCGUCUGGUGGUCCCCGCCCCCUCCACCCCGCCGCCCCUGCCUGCUGGUGCCACCCGCCCCGGACUCCAGUCUGAGCACCACCGCUCCCGCGAUUCCCUGCUUGGCCAGCUUGCCUGGCCACCUUAACUCACACAGUACGCCUGUGUGACUGCCUGUCGCUUGACGCUUGCUUUCUGACUGCUCCAGCUGGCCGGCCCUUCUCCAGACUCCUAGGCGGGGGAGCAUUGAAUAACUAGUCUGUUUUCAUUUGAGGCCAUUUUGGGGGUAAGAUUUGCCCCCCCCAACCUGUCUGUGCUGCAACAGAGCAAAAAUGAUGGUUCGUGCGACCUCUUCGCAUCCCCUUCCCUGGGAAUCACAGCUCUCUCUGUGGGCUCGGUGUCAGUGGGCACGGCGCUGAAGACUGUGCUCCAUUGCCUGCCACUCUGCCUACCAGGCUUCUCCUUUUACCCGGCCCCACCUUUGGUCUUCGUGUGGCCAGAUCCCAGGUCUUCUGUGUGUGCCCCCAGAGCCUGGAGUGCAAAAUGGUGGCCGAUUUUAUAGGACCUUGGUGAGCCUGGGAGCUCAUGUUUUUGAAAUAAAUGAUUUGUUAAAUUCUGC